CGACCCUAUAAAUUGUGAGCCUUCGUUUCCCCCAUCUUUACCAUCACAACCAUAAUUCCAAGUCCAACUCAGUUUUUUCUUUCAUACACCCAAUUGCCAAUGGCUUCCUCCUCCGCCGCCGCUUUCCUCACCACCGUAGUAGUCAUCUCACUGCUCGCCUCCACGUCAUCCGCCUCCAGCAGACCCCUCUCCGCCGCCGCCGCCGGCGCAACGACCAACACGGAGUUCAUCCGCACGUCCUGCAUCGCCACCACGUACCCUCAGCUGUGCUACAACUCCCUCUCCGCCCACGCCACCAAAAUCCAGACCAGCGCCAAGCUCCUCGCCUCCACCGCCCUCGACGUCACCCUAGCGUCAGCGAAGUCCACCACCGCCGCCAUGGUCAACCUCCAACUGUCCCACGGCAUCAGCCCCCGCGACUCCGCGGCGAUGCGCGACUGCGUGGAGGAGCUGGGGGACUCCGUCGGCCAGAUCCGACAGUCCAUCGACGAGAUGCAUGCCUCCAAGGGCGGCGCGGAUUUCGAGGUGAUGAUCAGCGACGUCCAGACGUGGGUCAGCGCGGCGUUGACCGACGAGACCACGUGUAACGACGGGUUUGCCGGGAAGGGCACGGCGGCCGCCGGAGAGAUGAAGACGGCGGUGAGAGGGAAGAUUGAGACGAUUGGUCAGCUCACCAGCAACGCCUUGGCUCUCAUCAACGCCUAUGCCACUCUCCAUCACUAGACUAAUUAUAUAUAUUUUACACUUCGUGAUAAUUAGUUGUUUGCGAGUUUACUAGAUGUUGGCUAGCUAGUGAUGAUCUGUUAGUAAGUGAAAAAGUGUGCGAGUUUUCUGGGCAUGUACGUAACGUGUACUUUAAGAAAAAAAGUUACAAUGG